AUGAAAAUCAACAACACUCCGCCGCCAUACCGUCAUUAUCUGCAAUUGACUAUUUCAACAGGAAAAUUAGUCAAAAUUGAGAGUGUUGUUUAUGACAAACAAUUCAAGUUUGCCCGAGAAUACAUUGAGAAGAUGGUGUUUGGCAACAAAACAAUUCAAGUGGAACAUCUUCAAAUUGGCGGUGACACGUAUCUACAUGAUUUGGAUAACCGCAUCGGCAUCACAUUUGGUCCUCCUCGCCAGGAACCACUUUUCGCCUACACGCCACAAGCAGAUAAUGUGAAACCAUUACUUUCAAUUCGAAGUUUAGAAGUAGGCGUGCUGAAAGUCACUGGAAUUCUGACAAAUGUAUUGGCUAGUCUUAGACCUAUUUUGUCUCAGACCCCAUUAAAAGAAUUAAAAGCCGUUUGUCAUCAAAAAACAUUUCCCGAGGACCCCAUUGUAAACGCAACAGGAUACCUUCAAAUCGCUAAGAACUCGCCAAUAAACGUACUAAGUAACCGUCCAAACGACCGAAUUCAUUUUGGUUUCGCUUUUAAACAAACUGAUGAUGAUUUAAUCAACUUGGUAAACGAAUGGAAGAAAAGGGAGAUCCGAAUUGGAACUUAUUACUCGAUGGGAGAACCUGAGAGUUCGGUCACCCAAAUCUUCACUGUGUUUAAAACCAUUCCAGGUGCAAAGCUAGGAGAGAACGAAGAAUCAAUAUUGACCAGAUAUCCGGAAUGCAUUAUUAUCCCGAUGGGAAACGAUACGGAGCUGAAUGUCUACUGCAGCAAGCCGAAUGAAAAACAAAAUGAGUACAUUGUGAAAAUGAAAUGGCAACCGAUAGGAUAUGCGAAAGUUAUUGAAUGGUGA